UAUAAGCUUUUGCUAAACCCAAAAAUGGAAAUUAAAAUGGUUUCAAAAGCCAAAAGACUUCACUUUGUUCUGAUCCCUCUCAUGGCUCAAGGGCAUCUGAUUCCCAUGGUUGAUAUCUCCAAGCUUCUUGUGCGACAAGGCAUCAUUGUUACCAUAAUUUCAACACCUCAGAAUGCUUCUAGGUUUGAGAAGACACUUGAUAGGGCGAGAUCGGAGUCAGGUCUCGAGAUCAACGUUGUAAAAUUUCCUUUUGCUUACAAAGAGUUCGGUCUUCCCAAAAAUUGUGAGACUCUUGACACUUUGCCCUCCAAAGACCUCCUACGACAAUUCUAUGACGCUGUGGAUAAACUUCAGGAGCCAUUAGAAAUGUUCCUUGAGGGACAAGAAACCCCUCCAAGUUGCAUAAUCUCCGAUAAAUGCUUUUCUUGGACGUCAACAACUGCUAAAAGGUUCAAAAUCCCGAGGAUUGUGUUCCAUGGAAUGUGUUGUUUCUCUCUUUUGAGUUCGCACAACGUCCAUCUUCAUAGCCCUCACCUCUCGGUUGCUUCAGACUUAGAGCCUUUCUCUAUACCAGGAAUGCCACAUAUGGUCGAGAUAGCUAGAGCUCAGUUACCUGGUGCUUUUCAAAAGUUAGCAAAUAUGGAUGACGUUAGAGAGAAGAUGCGUGAAGCUGAAUCAGAAGCCUUUGGGGUGAUAGUUAAUAGCUUCCAAGAACUGGAGCCUGGCUAUGCAGAGGCUUACGCUGAGGCCAUCAAGAAGAAGGUAUGGUUCGUUGGACCCGUUUCUUUAUGUAACGAUCGUAUGGUGGACUUGUUUGAUAGAGGAAACAACUGUAACAUAGCUAUAAGCGAGACAGAAUGCUUGAAGUUUCUUGAUUCGAUGAGACCAAGGUCAGUAUUAUAUGUUUGUCUAGGUAGCCUCUGUAGGCUAAUACCUAAUCAAUUGAUAGAGCUAGGGUUAGGGUUAGAAGAAUCUGGUAAGCCCUUUAUUUGGGUGGUCAAGACGGAGGAAAAACACAUGAAUGAGAUAAAUGAAUGGAUGAAACGCGAAAUGUUCGAAGAGAGAGUUAGUGGAAGAGGGAUAGUGAUAAAGGGUUGGAGUCCUCAGGCUAUGAUACUUUCACAUGGCUCUACUGGAGGGUUCUUGACGCAUUGCGGUUGGAACUCGACGAUCGAAGGGAUAUGUUUUGGUGUACCAAUGAUCACAUGGCCAUUGUUUGCUGAACAGUUUCUCAAUGAGAAACUUGUUGUGGAGGUAUUAAAGGUUGGGGUUAGGGUUGGGGUGGAGAUCCCGGUGAGAUGGGGAGACGAGGAAAGACUUGGAGUGUUGGUCAAGAAACAUAAUGUUGUGAAAGCUAUAAAGCUUUUGAUGGACGAAGAUUGUCAACAUGCAACUGAAGAUAGUGAAUUCUUGAGACGUAGGACACGUAUUCAAGAAAUUGCAGUAAUGGCGAGAAAGGCUGUGGAACUGAAAGGAUCUUCGAGUAGUAAUGUUUCAUCCUUAAUCCAAGAUGUCUUAGACCAAUUGAGUCUCGAAUAG